AUGUUCGGGGAAUUAAAUCUCGUCUUGCUCGCCGCCGCCGCAGCAGGCAUCCAAGUCGCACAAGCAGACUUCAUGGUCUACACCGAACCACCCAUCCCCAUCACUGCCGUCCCCUCCUUCGCAGCCCCCUCCGACGCUGCAAGCUGGACAACCUCCGUCUUCCUCAACGCCCGCCUCGCCUAUGGCCGCUUCACCUCUUCCCUCGGCGAACCCUACCAAUCCUCGCUCACAUCCGCGCGCUCCGAAAUCGACGCCUGGGUCCGAACAGCACCCAGCAACUUCACCAUUCCCCCAGAAGUCACAAUCGCUAGUGAAACGCCAACCUACUUUUCCAAGCCGGACUGGUACGAUGCGCUGCCUACUGGGGCGCGGGCGUUCAAGGAGCAGCAGGUUGCGGACCAGUUUAGUAUCGUGAGGAGUGUGAUUGCGGGGAGGGGGCCGACGAGUUCGAGUAGUAGUGCUGGGGCGGCGCCAACGGUGGCACCGCAGUGGAUGAGGAAGGAGUUUGGUGUAUUGGCUGGGGUAGCGGUGGCGGCGUUUUUGUGA